GCACGAACCGAACGCCUUUUUGGCUUCUGCUUUUCGCGGGCGACGCCUCAGCGACUUCCCUCCCCGCCGCCCGCCGCCCCCUGCCGCCACCGCCGCCGCCUCCAAGUCCAGCAGGAGGCGCGCGCACGCCACCUCUUCUCUACGUCACGCCCUGUUUUCUCUCUCUCUCUCUCUCUCUCUCUCUCUCGGUCGGAACAGAUUGUGCAAAACCCAGUUGGCCUUUUGUCCCCUGAAGAAAGUUGUGUGCUGGGAAGUUCGUGUGGACAACCAAGAAGGCCCGAGCAGGAAAGUUGUUAUCUGGAAAGUCGUUGCAAGGGUUCUUUUUGAGGUGAUUCCUGCAGUUUUGGACUCCCGAUUGGACAACGCAGGAUACCCUCUUGGGUGUAGUCCGGAUUCGUUCUGUCUGGUGUGUUAAUCAGGGGACUCUGUUUUUUUUUUUUUUCCGUGGGGGGGAAUAUUGAGGUUCUGAUUAGCAGGCCCGGGCUGGUCAUUCGGUCCCGUGUUUCAUGGACGUGAGAUUGGUGAAGUCGGGCAUCGAUUUCGCGGGGAGGAGGAAGAGGUGGAUUCUCGCCGCUGCCGCUCUGGCCUUCUCUGGUUAUGGGGCGUACAGGGUGUAUAACUCGCCCUCGGUUGCUCGGAAGAGGAGGCGGCUCUUGAAGCUCGUGGGGGCUUUGGUCUCGUUGGCCGAGGCGGUGUCCGAAUCCACCGAGACGAUCGCGCUCGUCUCGAAGGAUUUGAAGGAGUUUCUGAGGUCCGACUCCGAUGAGGUCCCCAAUAGCUUGAAGCAAAUUUCGAAGAUCGCAAAGUCAGCCGAGUUCUCGGAGUCGAUAACUGAGGUAUCCCGGGCUUUGACUGUGGGUGCUUUGCGCGGUUAUAAAUCUGAGUCCAAGGACAAUGUCAAUGGCAAUGGUGGGGUUUUGGGAUUCACGGAUCACGUUCUCGAUAAGCUCUUCACGCCUGCAGGGUCUGGUUUCGUAUCUGUUGUGGUAGGCAGCCUAGCCAGGAACUUAGUCAUGGCUAUUUUUAUGGAUAGGCGGUCUAGUCUGCAAUCAGAAACGGAGGGGAGUUCUGUUCCAGGAUGGCUAAACGUACUGUGCGACGACAGGAUCAAGGAUUUAGUCGGCGAUUGCAUCCAGCAGUUUGUGAGCACUGCAGUCACUAUUUUUCUGGAAAAGACGAUGGACAUCAACACCUACGAUGAGCUAUUCUCCGGGAUGACAAAUCCAAAGCAUGAGAAGAAAGUGAGAGAGAUGCUGGUAUCUGUCUGUAAUGGCGCGGUCGAGACUCUGGUGAAAACGUCUCACCAAGUGCUGAAAAGUUCCAAAUCAAACGCCAAUUCGUAUUCAGUUUCUCCCUGUUUAGCUGUAGAGGGAAGCAAAGGAUUGAGAUUUACUGGAGUGGAUUGGAAGCAAGGGGUGUUGAGUCACAAGGGUCUGAUAGAUUCAUAUGGUCUUCCUAAGAACAGCGGGUGGGUCGAUAAAGUGUCGUCUACUUUGGCCGUCCCGAGCAAUCGGAGGCUUGUUCUCGACGUGACCGGGAGGGUUACAUUCGAAACUGUGAGAUCUCUCCUGGAGUAUUUGAUGGAGAAACUCCAUGAUGGUGUGAGGCAGAGCGUUAACGCCGUUCACGACGAAGUUGUUGACAGGGGUAUCGAAGUCGUGAGAUAUGCAACUGCUAAGUCGUCCAUCAUCACCACCCUCUGUCUCUCUUUGUGCUUGCAUAUACUGGAUGGUGCUGCAAUUUUGGCACCAUUUUAACUGGACGGAUCAAUUCUCUUGAUCAGCUCGGUCAUCCAGCACAUAUCUUCUUAGAUCUGAACCUUGCGAAAGGGACCUGUAAGCAUCCUCUGAGGUUAGUUCAUUCGGUUUUUGUUGAUCUGCCUUGUCUGCAUUCGAAAUCCCUCCGGGUGAAUAAAGGCUCGCUGCGAGUUCUUCGACACUCCAUUGCAGCUGGAUGGCUCGGACCACUCCAUCUUUCUUGGGCUGAUUUGCUUUCGAAUGUUUUUUUUCGAUGAUUACUUUUUAGGAACAGAUUGUAUUGUUUGAUUGAAGGUGAGAAAAGGAGGGGAAAGAGGCAAAUGAAGCAUAUGGGUCAUGUUGUUGUAUCAUAACUCUUGGAGAUUUUGUCCCGGGGGUUGAUCGCUGGGACCAAAUUCCUUACUGUAAAAAGGUUCUGUUGAACAUGAAAUACCAAUUCUUUCCACUGUACUGUUACUAGGAUUUUCUUGCA